AUGUCAAAUGCAGGUUAUCUAGACCAUUGUAAGCCACUGUUUAAAGAAUUACAAAUUUUAACAGUGGUGGACGUUUACAUUCUUGAAUGUGCAAUUUUUGUAAAAAAGAAUCCAACACUCUUUGAGGAAUAUCAACGUGAACACUAUUAUUUGACAAGAAAUAAAGAUAAAAUGACAAUCACUCAAACACAGAAGACGCCAGAUUAUAGUGUGUUUAGUAAAAUACGUAAAAAAAUAGGCACUAACUUACUAUCUAAAAUAUUUGCAAAACUCAGAGAGCAAUUACGAUUCCAAGGUUAUAUGAGUGAAGUAUUUACAUUUGUAGAUGCCUCUCAUUUAAUCUCAAAAGCUAGCCAUUGGGAAGAACGUGAUGAAUUGAGGAAACAAAACUAUGACAGGCUAAAUAAUGAGACUUUGGCUAAAGUUGCGAAUGAUAAACAAGCUAAAAUUGGUUGUAAAGGAGGUAGACAUAAUGUAAAAAAAAUCCAAAAAAUCUCAUUAAUAGGAAGCGGUAACAUAGGUGGAACGCUUGCUCAUUUAAUUACUCUUAAAAACUUAGGGGAUAUAGUAUUAUUUGAUGUGGCUGAAGGGAAUCCACAAGGCAAAGCUCUAGAUAUAAUGCAAGCAAAUACUCUAGCAGGCUCUGAUAUCAAAAACAAAGGUACAAAUGAUUAUGCAGAUAUAAAAGAUUCUGAUGCUAUAAUUAUCACUGCUGGUUUGCCUAGAAAACCUGGCAUGAGUAGAGACGAUUUAAUUAGCGUCAAUACUGGUAUUAUGAAAAGCGUUGCAGAAAAUGUAAAAAAAUACGCUCCUAAUGCUUUUGUAAUAGUAAUUGCUAAUCCGUUGGAUGUCAUGGUUUACGUGAUGCUGAAAGAAAGUGGCUUGCCACAUAAUAAAGUCAUUGGUAUGGCGGGCGUACUUGAUUCAUCAAGGUUUAACCUUUUUCUUGCUAAGGAGUUUAAAGUGUCAACUAAUAGCGUUAGCAGUAUAGUUCUUGGCGGUCAUGGUGAUGCUAUGGUACCGCUUGCUAGAUAUUCUACUGUAAAAGGCGUGCCUAUACCUGACUUAGUAAAGAUGGAGUUAUCAACCAACGAGCGUAUCGAAAAAAUAAUUGAUCGUACUAGAAAUGGCGGUGGCGAAAUCGUGGCACUACUUAAAACAGGAUCAGCUUAUUAUGCUCCUGCUGCUUCUGCUGUAGAAAUGCUUGAAUCUUAUUUACAAGAUAAACGACAAAUUCUAACCUGUGCUGCUUACUUGCAAGGCGAAUAUGGCGUAAAAGAUUUAUAUGCCGGUGUGCCAAUUAUUAUAGGCAAAAAUGGCGUAGGAAAAGUAAUCGAGCUGCAACUAACUACCGAUGAGCAAGCUUUAUUUGAUAAGUCAGUAGACGGCGUUAGAAAGCUGAUUGAAGCGGUGAAGUAA